UGGUUUCAAUGUUGCUGUUCUCCUGACCAACCUGUCAGAACACAUGCCCCAUGAUACCCGCUUGCAAACUUUUCUUGAACUGUCGGAGAGUGUCCUGAAUUACUUUCAGCCUUUCCUUGGACGCAUAGAAAUCAUGGGCAGUGCGAAGCGCAUUGAACGAGUUUAUUUUGAAAUAAGUGAGUCAAGUCGGACUCAGUGGGAGAAACCUCAGGUAAAAGAGUCAAAGAGACAAUUUAUAUUUGAUGUUGUAAAUGAAGGAGGGGAGAAAGAAAAGAUGGAGCUUUUUGUUAAUUUCUGUGAGGAUACCAUCUUUGAAAUGCAACUGGCUGCCCAGAUCUCUGAGUCAGAUCUGAAUGAAAGGUCAGCAAAUAAAGAGGAGAAUGAGAAAGAUAAGCCUGAGGAACAGGAUCCUAGAAUGGGUUUCUUCUCUCUUGUGACCAUGAAGUCAGCAUUAGUAGCUCUCAAGUAUAAUUUAAUGACUCUUAUGAAAAUGCUCAGCGUGAAGAGCCUAAAGAAACAGAUGAAAAAAGUGAAGAAAAUGACCAUGAAGGACAUGGUCAUGGCUUUGUUUUCUUCCUAUUGGAGCAUUUUGAUGGGCUUACUACAUUUUGCUUGUAGUGUCAUCCGGGGCUUCUUUCGCAUCAUAUGUAGUUUGCUGCUUGGAGGAAGCCUAGUAGAAGGAGCAAAGAAAAUCAAGGUGGCUGAACUAUUAGCUAAUAUGCCAGAUCCCACUCAGGAUGAAGUGCGUGGGGAGGGAGAAGAGGGGGAAAGGAAGCCAACAGAAGCUGCAUUGCCUACAGAAGACCUGACAGAUCUGAGAACUUUAUCUGAUGAGAGUGAUCUACUCUCAGAUAUAUUUGGUUUGGAUUUGAAACGAGAAGGUGGACAGUAUAAAUUGAUCCCUCACAAUCCAAAUGCUGGUUUGAGUGAUUUACUGAGCACUCCCUCCUUAGCUCCGAUGCCUGAGGUGCAGGAAAAAAUCCAGGAGCAGGUGAAAGAAGAUGAAAAGGAAGAGAAGGAGGAAACAAAAUCUGAACCUGAAAAAGCAGAAGGAGAAGAUGGAGAAAAAGAGGAGAAAGCUAAAGAAGACAAAGGGAAACAGAAAUUAAGACAACUUCAUGCUCACAGAUAUGGAGAACCAGAAGUUCAGGAAUCAGCUUUCUGGAAGAAAAUCAUUGCAUACCAGCAGAAGCUUCUUAAUUAUUUUGCGAGAAACUUUUACAACAUGAGGAUGUUGGCGUUGUUUGUUGCUUUUGCCAUCAACUUCAUUCUGCUUUUCUAUAAGGUCUCCACCUCUGCUGUGACAGAAGAAAAGGAAGUUCCUGUGGUAUCUGCUGGUGAAAGUACCAAGAUGAACAGCCUGGAAAGCGACAACCAGAGGGUCAUUGCAGUGCAUUAUGUCCUGGAAGAAAGCAGUGGCUACAUGGAGCCCACGCUGCGGAUUUUGGCCAUCUUACACACAGUCAUCUCAUUCUUCUGCAUCAUAGGGUAUUACUGUUUGAAAGUUCCAUUGGUUAUUUUUAAGAGAGAAAAGGAAGUGGCAAGGAAAUUGGAAUUUGAUGGGCUGUAUAUAACUGAGCAGCCAUCAGAAGAUGAUAUUAAAGGACAGUGGGAUAGACUUGUAAUCAACACACAGUCUUUUCCAAAUAACUACUGGGACAAAUUUGUGAAAAGAAAGGUCAUGGAUAAAUAUGGUGAGUUCUAUGGCCGUGACAGGAUCAGUGAGUUACUAGGAAUGGACAAAGCUGCUCUCGAUUUUAGUGAUGCUCGAGAAAAGAAGAAACCAAAGAAGGAUAGCUCCUUAUCUGCUGUGCUAAAUUCCAUUGAUGUGAAGUAUCAGAUGUGGAAAUUAGGAGUUGUUUUCACUGAUAAUUCUUUUCUUUACCUAGCGUGGUACAUGACCAUGUCAGUCCUUGGCCAUUACAACAAUUUUUUCUUUGCUGCUCAUCUCCUUGACAUUGCAAUGGGAUUCAAGACAUUGCGAACUAUCCUGUCAUCAGUGACCCACAAUGGCAAACAGCUUGUCUUAACAGUGGGAUUACUGGCAGUAGUAGUAUACUUGUAUACAGUAGUGGCAUUCAAUUUUUUCCGCAAGUUCUACAACAAGAGUGAAGAUGGUGAUAUGCCGGACAUGAAAUGUGAUGAUAUGUUAACAUGCUACAUGUUUCACAUGUAUGUUGGAGUACGGGCAGGUGGAGGCAUUGGUGACGAAAUAGAGGAUCCAGCAGGAGAUGAAUAUGAAAUCUACCGGAUUAUCUUUGACAUCACUUUCUUCUUCUUUGUGAUUGUUAUCCUGCUUGCAAUUAUUCAAGGUUUAAUUAUUGAUGCUUUUGGUGAGUUGAGAGAUCAGCAAGAGCAAGUUAAGGAAGACAUGGAGACAAAGUGCUUUAUCUGUGGAAUAGGAAAUGACUACUUUGAUACAGUGCCCCAUGGCUUUGAAACACACACGCUACAGGAGCACAACUUGGCCAAUUAUUUGUUUUUUCUGAUGUAUCUUAUUAACAAAGAUGAAACAGAGCAUACAGGACAGGAAUCCUAUGUAUGGAAAAUGUAUCAAGAACGAUGCUGGGAGUUUUUCCCUGCUGGUGACUGCUUCCGAAAACAAUAUGAAGACCAGCUCAACUAAGCAGAGAUGAGCAUUUCCGGAUGAAAAUAUGUCCAUGUGUUUCCCAACUCUUUUGGGAAUGUCCAAGAGAUUUCUUAAAUCCCCAAAGCUGUGUGCUUUUUGGAGCACCGAAGCUCUGUUUUUAAUGACCCAACUGCGCUUUUAUUUUCUUGUGUAUUUGCUUUGAGAACACUGGAGUAAAGAACAAUGAAAAGCAAGAGCAACUCUGGAAAACAAACCAACCACUUGCACACACAAAAGAUAUCCCUAUACAUAACAUGCACACAUAAGAAGAGACUUGAGACAGCUUAUUUCUGAAACUGCCAGAUGAUGCCCUUGUCUAUAAGAUCACACAUGGGGUGACAUGGUAGCAACACUCAUUCGAUCUGUUUAUUUCAUCAUCCUGGAAGGAACUAUAUGUAGUUCGCAGAGCACUGUAAAAGAUUGUUGUGGACACUAAGUUGUGGGGAAAUAGUGCCUUACUAUAUGUGGGUUGAGCUAUGCAGAAGAUGAGUGCAUGAUGACAUCUUUUUUUUUUUUUUCUUUAUGUCUUCUCUUUCUUCCAAGUUAAUAUUUAUUU